AGUAGUCUAUGGCUGUUUUUGGAGAAAAUGAGAGCUGCAAAGGAACAGGAUCCUGAGAACCUGUACCUGGCUGCUCUCUACCUUCUGCAGCUUGCCAAGAAAGGUGAAAAAAUUGAAAAUGAGGCACGUGAGUUAGGAGGACAGAUCUUGAGACAUCCUGUCAGCAGCUACAGUGGUAUAAAGCCAUUACUAAGACUUUACAUAAAAUACAUAUCUGUUGAUGAGGCCAUUGAUUUAGCAGAGAAGGCUCUGGAAAAGCAUCCAGAUGAGCGUUAUCUUAAGAGGUGUGUUGCACUCUGCUACAAAUGGAAGAUGCUUUUCUUCACGGAUAGUCAUCCAAGAUCAGGCAUGGAAGAAAGAGCAAUCCGUAUGCAUAGGGAGGUGAUUUCUUUUUACUCUUAUUCAUUUCUUAUGGAAAUAGACCUUGCAAUUGUAUACGCAAAGGCCAGUGGCGGCAAGGCUAAAGCCGAGCAGAAAUACCAGAAUCUUCUUCGCAGUAAUCUGGAACCUGCAGAAAAACAAGUCCUUUACAACCAGUUCGCAAGGCAUUUGCACUUUGACAAACAAGAUAUCAAUGGGUCCAUAGAGUUCUACAUGAGGGCUGCAACAAUACCAGAAAAAACCCUCUUCCGUAAUGACAGCAUCAAAGCUCUGAAGAAAAUAAAUAACACAACCUGGAAUCGAAGGUCUAAAGACAUAGAGGAGUUUCUGUUAGAAAAGUCUGUAAGUACUCGUUAAUCUAAUUGUAUAUUAGACGUACUUACAAAAACAUGAAGUUUAGAUGGAAGAGAUACAUUUAAAAUGAUGAAUUGGCACAAAUUACUUGUCAGCACUGUCACCACCAAAUUACAAUGGGAACGAGACAUUUGCUCACCUCUUACUGCUGAUCAUUGGAAUGUAAUGCUAAAGCACUCAACAUCAGUCUCUAACUGUGUCAGAUAUAAAACUAUUCAAAUGAAAGUCAUACACAGAGCUUACAUUACUCCACAAACUUUAAAACAAAUUAAUCCAAAUACUUCUGACCUGU